AUGUCGCUGGUGGACUACGCUUCUUCCUCAGACGACGACGUAUCGGAAGCCGAAGUUGAACAACAACAAGAGGAAAACGUACAGCCACAAAUCUCCAUACGGCAACCUUCUCCUCCUCACCCUCAUCCUAAUCUCCGGGUUCAAAAAUUUAAUGUUUCUAUUCUUUUAAUAAUCCUAGCUGCUCGUUAUUUUAGAUCGGAGUCGUCUUCGUCGUCGAAAAAUCGGCCAGAAAUUGCUGCACCUUUGUCGUUACCACCGCCGUUCGAAUCUUUUGAAAAGCUUCCAGAUGCUUCAAUGCUCUUGAAUUCAACCACUGUCUCAGUGGUUGGUGGAAAAGACCACGCUUCACGCGUUGCAGCUGCAAUGGCUGAAAGUGCAACACGCAAGAGAGACUCUAAUGGCUUGCCUUCCACUCUCCCCCGAAGUAAAAUCCCCAAAGGGACCUUGCCACAUUCCAAGAAUGUCCUCGACACUGCCGGUGGUUUGCUAGUUCCACCUCAGCUCAGUGGAAGGAGCAAUAUUGUGACGGAAGAUAUGACCAAGCUGUUUGUUAGAAGACAGGCGGAACCUUCCUCUCAGUAGAGGAUCUCUAAAUUAGUGGUAAUAGCUUUGUGUGUUACAUUGUUGUAGCUUUUUGGAUAAUGAAUGACACAAACUUGUGGAAAAUGUUUCAAGGAUUUUGUUUGUGUAAAUGUAAAGAUGUAUUUAUUUACCCUUGAAAUUCUUUCUUCUAAUGGUGGUGGUAAUGAGAUUAACAUUCAUUGAAAUUGUUGCAAAAAUCAAUUGGAGAGGUGAGCGUAGCCUUGGCUUUGCUAUUUGAUUGACAAGUAGACAUCCAUUGAAAGUUCACUAGUUUAUUUGAA